AUGCCGGCCCAGAAACGCCGUGCUGCGUCGCCGCCGGCGGAGUUCGAAGAUGAGCCCCGCCGGCGGUCCCGGCGCAUCUCGAGCACGCCGAAGAAGAGCAAGUACUUUGAGGAUGGAGGCGACGACGAUGAUGACUUUGAUGGCGAUGCAAAGAUCGAGGAUGAGAGCGAUGAGCCAGAGAGUGAGGUCGAUGAGGAGGAAGAGGAGAAGCCCAAGAAGCGCGGGCGGGGACGACCAAAGGGUCAAGCCGCUAAACCCAAGGCCAAGCCGCAGCCGAAGGUUACGAAAUCGAAGGCUGUGAAGAAGCAGAAGGUCGAAGAAGUUGAAGAAGACUAUCAAGAUGAGCAGCCUGACGAGGAUGACGAGGAAGAAGAGGAGGAGGAAGACGAUUUCGAGGGCGAGAGGAGGGUCACCAUCAUCCCUCUAGAGAAGCUCAGACCCUUAGACGGCGUCGAUUACUCGGAUGAAACUGUGCACAAGAACACCCUCCUGUUCUUGAAGGAUUUAAAGGCUCACAAUCAGAGGUCGUGGCUCAAAAGCCACGACGGCGAGUACAGGCGUGCGCUCAAGGACUGGAACUCCUUUGUCGAGACCAUUACGCCCAAAAUCACCGAGGUCGACUUUACCAUCCCCGAGUUGCCGGCCAAGGACCUGGUCUUCCGGAUUCAUCGGGACAUUCGCUUCAGCAAAGACCCGACCCCGUACAAGGCACACUUCUCUGCUGCAUGGUCGAGGACGGGUAAGAAAGGCCCGUACGCUUGCUAUUACAUCCACCUUGAGCCAGGCUCUUGCUUCGUCGGCGGCGGUCUAUGGUGUCCCGAGGCAUCACACCUGCAAAAGCUGAGGGAGAGUAUCGACGAGCGGCCGCAGCGUUGGCGAAGAGCGUUGAAUGAUGAGAGAUUCAAGAGGACCUUCCUGCCCAAGGCAACCAAGAAAGAAGGAGAGGAGGGAGCGCUGAAGGCGUUCGCUGACACGAAUAAGGGCAAUGCUCUGAAGACCAAGCCAAAGGCAAGUUCAUCUAUUCAUCUUUUGGAGACCAAGUCCCAGAUGGAGGGAUACUUGGCGGACCAUCGCGACAUUGAGCUGUUGAAGUUGCGCAACUUUACUAUCAGCAAGAAGGUCGACGAUCGGAUCUUCACUGAAGAGGACGCCCAGGACAAGGUUUGUGAGAUCAUCGCAGCCAUGCACCCCUUUAUUACCUUCUUGAACAGCAUCGUCAUGCCUGACCUCAACCUGGAUGAAGAAGACGACAGCGAAGACGAGGAUGAUGAUGAUCAGGACAAUGGUGAUGCCGAAGAGAACGGCAUUCCUGAGGAGACCGGCGACGAAGAAGAGGAAGAAGGCAAGGAUUGGAGUACACACAAGUUUUGA